UGGACGGACCAGGAAACGAGUCGUCUUUCCCAGGAGGUCGUGCAGCUACAACUCUCAAGCCACGUACAAAAAGACGACUUCAUAGUGGAGACCAUCCUGAAGGGCUACCUGCGCCCUAUGUUCUCCAGAUCCAGACCUAGAACUGUCACGGCAUCAGGAAGGAAGGCCGAGUUCCCGGACGAGAACGAUCCCCACCGCGGGCUAACAGACGAGACCAAGGAGGUCAAGCCGUGGAAGUAUGCAGACCACAGGUCAAUAGCCGUCUUCGAAUGGGCGGUCCAAGGGGCGGAUGAAUAUCUCAUUAGCAAACAGUGGCCACUGUUCAUCCCGGUUCUCCUAACGAUGGCAGACGACGGGACAACCAGAGUCCGAGCUCGCGGCCUCAUCCUCCUGAACAUCUUCCUAAUGAAAUUCCCCGACACCAUCCUCCGGGACACCGGCCUCAGCAGCUUGUUCCAAGAUGCCAUCUUCCCUACGCUGCACUUCCUGCCCAGCAUCACGCCCGAGGAGGACUCGGUCCAGCUCCUCGGGCCGGCCUACAGAGCGCUUCUGACGCUUGCGCAGAAAGCAAAUGUGGACAACAAGGCUCAGCAGGGGGGAUCAGAGGGCAGUCGCUCACCGAGGGCCAGGCUCUUGGAUAGGAUCUUGCGCCACGGUAUCUUCUCGGCUUAUUUUCACGCCAAAGAGCACGUGCGCAUCGUCAGUGUGUUGCUUUCGCAGACGGCCGACAUUGUCAGGGAGAUGGGCAUUCAAGCCGUCAAACAUCUGAAAGAUCUGAUCCCUAUGCACUCUGAAGUCAUGACAAAUCCCUUUGCGCCCUUGGCGCCAGACAUGCUGCUUUCCGCUCUACAUUCCCUCGAAUCGUUAAUUUCAAUUUGUUGGCCGCGACUCUCCACACCGGCCUACCAGGAUGAACUGGUCAAGGCUCUCGUCGUCUGCUUUCUGAACGUGCACGACGAGAAGAGCAACGACUCCGACAAGGACUUGGUGCUGAUCCAGACCACUCUCAUCCGGACAGCAGCCAUGCUUUCCAAUGCGAUAAAGAGCGGCCAAGAGGGAGACGGCCUGAAGGGAAAAGUAGCACCGCUGAUCGCGCAAGAGCCUCUCCUCGCAGAUCUCUUCAAGGAUCUUUGA